AUCUCUGCUUGCAUCAACCCCAUCGCAGUCCCUGCAGCCGUCGCAGCCCACCGCCCCGUCCAUUGCACCCACAAGCGACGACAGAAGCCAUGGAAACCAACGAACCUUGCAGCUUGAACGUCGAUCUUCACGUCAAAUACUUCAACCGGUGCACAUCGCUGAUGCCACAGGACUACACCUCGCUUGACACCUCCAGGCUCAUGCUGGCCUACUUUGCCCUCUCGGGACUGGAUCUGCUUGGCGCUGUCGACAAGGUCGUUUCUCCCGAGAACAAGAAGCACUGGAUCGAAUGGAUAUAUGCCCAACAAAUUCACCCCGACGAGCGCCCGGAGCUCAAAGACCAGAGUCUAGGGCGAUGCGGAUUCCGUGGCUCGCCCUUCAUGGGGGCGCCUCACGAUCCGCACGCCUGUUCGACGCCAUUCACAGCUUACGAUGCCAGCCAUGUCACAAUGUCCUAUACGGCCUUGCUGACUCUAAUAAUCCUUGGUGACGACCUGUCGCGAGUCGACCGUGCGGCUGUCGCUGCUGGAAUUAAGGCACUGCAGCUUCCAAGUGGCAGCUUUGUCGACAGCCUCGGCAACGAAGAGCACGAUCUGCGAUUUGUCUUCUCUGCAUGCGCCGUUUCCUUCCUGAUCCGGGACUGGAGCGGCAUCGACCAAGAUCGCAUCGUUGAGCACAUCUUGGCUUCUCAAGCAUUCGAUGGUGGAUUCGGUAGAGGUCCCGCCAACGAGGCUCAUGGUGGAAUAACGUACUGCGCCCUUGCAUCUCUGGCUCUGAUGGGUCGCCUGGAUGCUCUGGAUGCCAGCAGCAAGAAGCGGUGCCUGGAGUGGUGUCUGUUCCGCCAGUCCAGUGGAUUCCAAGGCCGCCCUGCCAAGAUCCCCGACACCUGCUACUCCUUCUGGGUUGGAGCCAGCCUGCAUAUCCUUGGAUACUAUCAUCUUGUCGAUACCAAACGAGACCAGGAGUUCCUCAAGACGACGGAAACCGUCUGGGGAGGAUUUGGAAAGUAUCCUGGCUUGCCUCCAGAUAUCAUGCACUCCUAUCUUGGUCUUGCUGCAAUGGCCUUGAACGGAGCGCAUGGCGUGCAUGGGCUCCACUCGAGUCUGAACAUCUCUGCCCCGACCUUUGAGCGAAUCAAGUCCCAGGUCGUGUGGUGGCGAGACGAGUAGUCCAUCGGUCAACGAGGCCCGUGCAAGGACACCGGCUCUAUGCUCGAUCCAGCGCAUCGAAGGCGCCGAUCUCCUCUGCGAUGGUCUACUUGUAUGAGGGAACACAGCUGACAGCCGAUGGUCUGUAGCUAGCGCAGGCUCGGCCGGCCCAGUCUCAGCCAACAGCAGCGCCGAAUCAAUGAACAGGAUACCCUGGCUUCAUUUUGAAUGGAAUACAUACACAGCCAUCGUCUAAAAUG